GUUUUGCAACGUUUGUGUAGUGUUGUAUUGCAUGUGUUAAAAUAAUAAUUGACUAUUCAUUUAGCAAUUUUGUUUAGAAUGUAUUUUUUUGGUUUAAAAUUAAUAAAAUAGGCAGUUAAUAGCUAACCGGACAGGGGAAAAAAGUCAGAGUGAGAGCUCUUUCUUUUUCUGCUAUGCUCCGGUGGAGUGAUGACGUCACGCCUCCAGCUGGUCGGUGCUCUGUCAGGAAGGUAGGUGGCUAGCUGGCUGACUCGCUACCUUCGCGGUGCGCCGAAUGAACCCCGCGUCUCCACGCAUACUCCGUCGGCCGCGAUGGCAGCUCCAGAAACGAACAGACGGCUACAGGAGGAUGCUGAGGCUGUUCGGCGCGCUGGUUCUCCUGGGACUGGCUCUGGCGUGCAUCACCUCCUGGGUGCUGGACAGUUACGACACGGCUUGGCAUCCCAAGCGGAGCGUCCGGCCGCCGGCUGUCAGCGGGUCGGAAGCAUCGACUCCCCCAUACCCCAACGGGGAAUUGAGCAACAUAUUCUGGUUUAUUCAGGUUUCCGACAUUCACAUCAGUCGCUUCCUCGACCCCAGACGUACUCCAGAGUUUGAGAAGUUUUGCACAGACACCGUCAAUGCGAUCAAACCAGCUCUAGUGCUUGCAACAGGAGAUCUGACAGACGCUAAAACGGAGAACAACGUGGGAUCCGACCAGCAUGAGGUGGAGUGGCAAGCCUACCACGGCGUGCUGAAGAGGUCGCGCGUGAUGGAGCGCACCAAGUGGAUCGACAUUCGCGGGAAUCACGAUGCUUUCAAUAUUUUUUCCUUGGACAGUAUAAACAAUUAUUACAGGAAAUAUUCAGCGAAUCAGAAAAUGGGUUCCUUCCACUACAUUCACCAAACUCCUUUUGGCAACUAUUCCUUUGUGUGUGUGGAUGCCACCCUGACCCCGGGUCCCAAGAGACCCUUUAACUUCUUCGGUAUUCUCAACCAGACUCAGAUGAACUUGCUGGACACGUUCAGAGCCGAGAGCCAAAGAAGCAACCAGUCGAUCUGGUUUGGCCACUACACCACCUCCACCAUCGUCUCCCCGUCUCCGGGAGUUAGGCACCUGAUGAGCUCUGCAGUUGCAUAUCUGUGUGGCCACCUGCACACCCUUGGCGGGAUGAUGCCCGUCCUGCACAGCCGACACCCUCACGGCACUCUGGAGCUGGAGCUGGGCGACUGGAUGGACAACCGCAGGUACAGAGUUCUGGCCUUUGACCACGACCUGCUGAGCUUCUCUGACCUGCGGUUUGAGCGCUGGCCCGCAGUGCUCAUUACAAACCCUAAGGAUGCUCAGUACCUGCACCCCGGGUUGGAGCCUUUAGGACGAAUGCGGAAAUCGACGCACAUCAGGAUCUUAGCCUUCUCAGAGGCCUCCAUCACUGCAGUGCACGUGAGCAUCGAUGGAGAGCCUGUGGGCAGGGCCAACUCCGCCGGGGGUCCUCUCUAUGUCCUGCCGUGGGACCCGUCUCUUUACCUAGCUGGACUGCACACCAUCAGAGUCACCGUGGAGGAUUCUGCAGGCCGCUCGUCGGAGCUGGAGCAGCUCUUCACUCUGGAGGACGGUUUGACCGUCAGCUUCUCCUUCCCUCAGUCCUUCAUCCUCCUCACAGACCACUACAUCGUGGGCCGGUUUGCCUUCGUGUUUACGGUCCUGCUGAACGUCUGCGUGCUCCUGGCCUUCAGGUUCCUGCGAUUUCCCGCUGGUAGAGGACUCCCCUCUCAGAUCUGUUUGUCGCUCCAUCUCGUCAGUAAAAUCAAUACCUUCUUCUACUCUCUGCUGCUGUUCAACCUGUGCACAGCUUUGGGUCCAUGGUUCUUCGGAGAGCUGGUUGAUGGCCACAGCGGCGCCUGUUUCGCUUUUGGCGUGUUCAUCGAUGGACAUUUCCUGGAAGGAAGCCGCACUUACAUCGUUGGAGUUAUUCAAGUGCUUUCCUUCAACAUGCCCCUCACCUCUUACCUGUGCUGGUGCCUCCACCACCGUUACCGUGGCAACACCUUCCGGUCCCACUUCCAGCGUUCGGGUCUCCGCUGUUGGACGCUGGUGCUCCACCUGUUCGUGCUGCUCCUGCUCACCUGGCAGGCUCACUCCUGCUACUUCCUCCUGGAGACCUACGGCCUCCUGGCGUUUUUGAUGUCUCCCAUACACACCUGGGCCCUGCUGCUCAGCCUGCUAUUGGUCUACCGCGCCUGGACAGGCCCCGCCCCUCUCAUUUGUGGCAACAGCAGGAGCGCCUCUCGCUCCUGACAGCAGAAACUGCGGCUUACAGCCAGAAUCGCCCCCUGAAGGCCUCUCCACAAAGCAUUCUGCAGCUUGUUUCUCCACUUUGAAGAACUGGACCCCCCCCUCCCACCACAACCAUCCCACUUCUUCCUCCUCCCUCCCUUCACAUCCUCUUCCUAGAUCUUAUUGUUUAUAUGCAUGUUUUUGUGGAGCACAUCAUACAGAUGUGUUCAGUGUAAAUGGCAGCCUGGAUGCAUUAGGAGUAAAAUGGGAAAUUCUAGCGCUGUGGGGAUUGGUGUGUGUGUGUGUUGGGGGGGGGGGGGGGGGGGUGAUGCUGCUGUGACUGCGUCAACUGCAGUUAUUUGUUUGACAUGAAGCACUUUUUCUGGAAGUGUUGCCUUGGUAAAACGCCACUUCACCACUGCCAAAGGACGACCACUUAGAUUGAGCUUUUUUCCUUUUUGAAAAAUAACUUUUGUUUUUAUAAUCGAGGCUGGGCGUGCCAAAAUGUCCUCGUGUUUACGUUCCCAGAAAUAUAACCGUCGGAUAACCUGUCUGAAGAUCCACUCCGAUCAUCUUUGGAUCUAUUUGCAAAGCCGGUGGGCUUUUGAUCACGAUGAUGCAGUUUUAGCUAAAACCAAACAACCUGUGUGGUUUUCCAGGACAUAGUUGCUGCAGAGCAGCAGGAUUUGAUCAGAAAUUUGCUUCCGAGUUGUGGCUAGGAGCGUUGGCGUGGAUCAAUCCCGCCCCCUCUUCCCAUCACCCACUGCAAAGCAGACCUGGGCAGGGAGCCUUUUUAUUUUUUUUUUAUCUGCUCCUGAUUCACAACAUUUUGGAUAAAGAAAUAAUCAGAAAUGCAAUUUUAAGCUGAAUUUUCUUCAAAUAUGUCAUCAAUCUUCCAAAAAAAAGCUACAAGAUCACGUUAAAUAAUCGGAGUGGGUCUUUAGAUACUUUGAUGAAACUGUUUUUGUCUUUUUUUAAAUCCCUCACAGCUGCAGGAUGUAGCUGUGCGGAAAAAGAUCCUUUUCUUUUCUAAUCGAUGCCAGCGCCAACAUCUGCAGCUCUUCUCUCUGAAACGAGCGUAUUCUGAACUCGGAGGGCAGCUCGGCCUCCACAUCCUUUACGAAGAAAGCAGCUGCUUGUUUCUCAGGAAUGUCAGCACUUGAUCAGAAACCGAUCCCCGUGGGGUUUUUGUUCCUAAUUGUCUUGUAAUCGAAGUGGGGAAAAUGUGAUAAACCACGUCAACUGUGUUUUAUUUAUUCCUAAUGGUUGUGUUUCUUUUCCCUUUAGGUGACGUAUUUGCACUGCAGGCGGGGUUUGGUUGCGUUUCCUUUGAAAAACACAAGUGUUCCUUCGUGUUGGGGGUUUGAUUUCAGUGAAAAGUCGUCCGAUUUGUUGCCAACGUGGUUUCCUCGUUUUGUGAAGGUGUGGAAGCAGUAAACCGUCUGUUUGCACUGUAAUUCAGUCUUUUCUAGAAUGUGGUCACGAUUGCCUUGAUUUCACUGAGACCGCUGUGAAAAGACAAACGAUGAUCAGCUUCUUGAUGGAUAAAUGUUUUAAAUGGAAUUGCAUUAAAUAUUUCUAUUCUCUCCAGCAUGAAUGGAAAAUAACUGCUCAGAGCUUCACUAAAACAUACAGUUUAAAACUCAAAUUACAGCUCUCUAUCCAACAGUGGAUUAUCACGCCAAACAGAAUCUGUUACUGUGGCAUAAAACUGCACAUUUUUACCUUGAAUAUUUUGAAUUCUCGUUCAUGAAAUUGUUCAGACGGAGCCAGUAUGGGUGGAAACUGUAUUUUAGAAAGUCAGUUCCACCUGAAAAUAUUGCAUGAUUUUUAUUUUAUUCCUCGUCAUCAGUGAAAUACAAAACAUUGUCCAGACAGGGUUGACUUUGUAAAUGAGUAUUCUGUACUUUGCACUGGUUGUUCAAAUGAAUUAACAAAAAAAAAUAUAUAUAUAUAGUUUUAUGACCGUCACUUCCAACAUUCAGACAGGAGGGUUUUACAUCAUCCACCAAAUUUCACAUUUAUAAUUGUGAAUCUAAAUUUGGAAAUCAAUCAAAACUGUAUUUUAAUAAUGGUUUCUAUUGCUGUGGAAUAAAGAUGUUGAUUACAGUAAA